UAUGACGCAUUGACGUCACACAUAACUGACACACGCAACAGUCAGUGCGCCAGUGCAGUCAGCGGUAUUGCGAUACACAUUCAAAGUCAAAGCGCAUAAUUGCGCGUGUCUCAUAGCGCUUCCCAGUAAGAACACUCAUUUAAAAUAUACGACAACAAGGAGCCUGGAGGAGCGAGGACGCGGAAGCAGAAUGUUAACAGGCGUGCGAACCAUUGAGGCUCCUCUGGAAGUUUGGUUCCAUAGCUAAAUUGUUUCAUCAGCAAAAUGUUUAAUAUUGGCCAGGAUGGGCGUAAGCCGACAGGCGGUACGCUGCCGCGAGUCUCCUUGACGGACCCGGGCGGCGCCGGCGGGGGCCGGGUGCCGCGGCACGGCGGGGCGCAGGGGGGCGGCGGCGGCGCGGCGGGCGGGCGGCCCAGCUACGUGCCCAAGUACUCGGGGGAGCAGCAGGGCGGCGCGGAUGCCGUCAACCAGGACAUCCUGCGCCGCGUCAAGGCCAAGUUCGACAGCGCCGACCUGGACGGCAGCGGCCAGCUGCAGCCGCAGGAGUUCAUCAACGCAUUCCUGGGCAUCCUGCAGACCGAGGACGGCGGCGAUGCUGAGGCUCUCGCCAAACUGUUCAUGCGCAUUGAUGCCAACAGUGACGGCACCGUGGACUGGGAUGAGUUCAGCACCUACAUGCUGCUGGAGAGCCAGGGCAGCGCGCGCGUGAGGGAGUUCGAGAGCACAGUCACCAUGCAGCAACCCGACAUGUCGACUAUGUCGGACCACGCGGGGCACCGCGACGCCAUGACCCACAUCGCCUCCAUGCGCCUGGCCAACGGCGUGGACAGAUACGCCACCUGCGGCAGGGACGGCACGGUUCGGUUGUGGAACGCCAAGGACCUGAAGCACGUCAAGACCAUUGCGCUGCCGCCCUCGCGCCCCUCCGGCCAGGACCGGGACGGCGGCGGCGGCAGCGAGAGGCUCAUGUCCGCCAGCCGCCGGCAGCCCAAGGGCCACAGCGGCCUCUGGGCUACCUGCUCGGCCUUCAUGCCGCUGACUCAGAAGCUGGCGGUUGGGUCGUUCAGCCGCUCCAUCCGCAUCUACGACCUGUCCAGCUAUGAGCUGUCGGGGCAGAUCCCCCAGAUCGACUACGUGCCUCUGUCCCUGGACGUGUGGGUGCCGCCGCGCGCCAAGGACACCGAGCUGCUGGUGGUGGGGGACGGAGGAGGCUGGGUGCGGCUGUUCGAGGUCCGCUUCAACAGCCCGGGCACGGAGGCGGCGGCCGCGGUGUCGGGCGGGGCGGCAGGCGGCAGCGCGGGAGGCGGCGGGCCGGGCGGGGCGGACAAGGGCGGCGGCGCGGGCGGCGGCGGCGCGGGCGGCCUGGAGCGCAUGACGGAGCGGCCCAAAUGGCGCUACCACCACCACAACGACUGGGUCAUGUGUGUCAAAUACGUGUCGGACAUGAACUGCGUGCUGGCCGCCAGCCUGGACAAGACCGUGUCCAUCACCGACGCCGAGGAGCGAGUGCCGCUCAAGAAGCUGGAGGGACACCACACCAAGGGCGUCAACAGCGUGGACUGGUCCUCGCUGUACAAGUUCGUGGUGACGGGCAGCCUGGACCGCCGCGUCAUCAUGUGGAACCCCUUCAGCCAGAAGCCGCUGGCGGUGCUGAGCGGCCACAACGCCGCCGUGACGGGGGUGGUGGUCAACGACCGCGACAACCAGAUCAUAUCGCUGUCCACAGACCACAUCAUCAAGAUCUGGGACAUCCGCAACCACAAGUGCAUCCAGUCGCUGCCAGACCGCGAGCUGCUCAACAUGCCGCAGAUGUCCGAGGACGCCGUCACCCCCGCCCUGUACGACAGCGAGCGGCGCCAGCUUGUGACCGGGUACACCAAACCCAAGGUGUGGAAGAUGACCAGUGCGGGUGCGGGCGCCACGCAGGCGCACUCCGCCUCCGUGACGCGGGUCAUGUACAACGCCAACUUCGCAGAGGCCAUCUCCGCCGACCACGCCGGCACCAUCAGCGUGUGGCACGUGCCCAGCGGCAAGCUGCGCUACCGCUUCCUGCGCUGCCACGGCGACAAGCGCAUCACCGCACUGGCCUUUGACGCCGCCAAGCGCCGACUGGUCAGCGGGGCAGAGGACGGAGACUGCAAGAUCUGGAACUUCUCCAGCGGCGCCUGCCUGAGUCACCUGCAGAGCCGCGCGCGGGCCGAGGUGACGGCGCUUGUGCCCCUGCGCGGGCCGCUCACACGCUACGUGCUGGCGGCUGGGUGGGACCGGCGCAUCACCUUCUUCGAGGACAACGCCUCCAAGACAGUGGGGCCCUGCAGGGCGCUGGCGGGCCACAAGGCCGACAUCCUAGCCAUGGUGGCCCUGGAGGGCAGCUCCACAGUGGUCACCGCCUCAGACGACGGAGAGGUGUGGGUGUGGAACAUGGACUCAUGCGCGCCCAAGCGCCGCAUGGUGGCGCCCGGCACCGCCUCCCGCCCCGCCAACGAGCGCGCAGUGGAGGCGCUGGGCUUCCUGUCCGCCUCCGCCUCGGCCUCCGCAGCAGCCUCCGCGGCGGCAGGUGGCGGCGGCGGCGGCGGCGGCGGCGGCAACAGCCGGCUGCGCUCUGUGCUGGUGGCGGUGGGCGCGGACCGCUGGCUGCGGCUGUGGGACGUGCUGGAUGGGGCGCUGCUGGCGGAGAGGUUCACGGGGCACAGACAGGGUGAGACGGUGCAGGCCCUGGCGCUGGACGGCAACAACCGCCGCAUCGCCACCGGGGACAGCGGCGGAAUGAUCAAGGUGUGGGACAUGUCUCGCUACACCGGCGGGCCGCUCUCGCACUCCGCCGCCGCCGCCUCCAUCCGCGAGGUAGCGCUGUGGCGGGGCCACAAGUCGCACGUGACCUCGCUGGACUGGGUGGACCCGGCCGCGGGCGCCGGCAUCGGCGGCGGGCGGCUGAUCGGGCGUCUGUUCCUGGCCAGCAGCAGCGCGGACUGCACCAUCACGCUGUGGAGCGAGGGGGGCGUGCGGGUGGGCACCUUCGGCCAGAACACCUGGAGCCUGACUGACCCGGGCAGCUGGGCGGCACGGGAGGUGGACGAGCUGGAUGAGCGGGACAGUUGGAUAAUGGAGGCCUCCCGAACCAUCCCGCGCGCCGACCCCUCCGCGCCCAUCACCGGCACCGGAGGCUACAGCACCGGCUCGCCCUCGCCCGAGCCGCCCUCAGACCAGCAGACCUACGGAGGCCCACCGGCAGCAGCAGCAGCAGUAGCCGGAGGCGGCGGCGGUGACGCCAGUGGCCCCAGCGGCCGCUCCUUCAGCCGGCCAGGCAGCGUGCUCGGCUCGGCCGCCGCCAAUGCCGCAGGCAGCGGCGGCGUGAGCGCCCGCGCCGCGCUCAGUGCGCGGGCGGGAGGGCCAGGGCCGCAGCAGCCGCCGCAGCAGCAGUCGCGACAGCGGCCCGACAGCGCUGCCAGUGAGAUAGCGCUGGUGUGUGACGCCAGCAACGCACUGCGGGCUCAGACGCGCAGCUCCAUCCGCCGCCUCAUGUCGCGCGGCAACAGCGGCGGCCUGGCGGCCUCCCGCACGGCCUCGGUGUCGGGCCUGCCUGCUGACAGCGGCGGUGGUGCCGAGGGCGGCGGCCAGCUGCGGCCCUGCAGCACGGCUCUGGCGGGGGUGCCUGAGCGGCCCAUGUCGGGGGUGCGGCGGCCUGUGGCGCUGACUGCGGGUCCGGAUGGGCUGCAGGAGGUGUACUCAUCGGGCGAGGAGGGCGGCGAGGGCGAGGAGGAGGAGGAGGAGGCGAAGCUGAGCAGCAGCGAGUCCAGCGGCGACCACGCCAGUGACACAGAGGUGCCGGUGGCGCUGUGGCUCGCCGACUUCAACGCGGCGCGGCAGAACAAGCUGUUCGGGGCGGGCGCGGCGGUGGUGGGCGGCGGAGCGGGCGGCAGCGGUGGCGGCGGGCGGGAAGCCGGUGGCGGAGGUGGAGGAGGUGGGGGAGGCAGCAAGUACAAUACCGGCAACUGGGUGACUGGAUACCGCAAUCUAAAGAUCAGUGAGAUGUCGGCGCUACAGGAGCGGCCCGCCACCUCAUACAUGUCCAGCCGGCACGGAGUGGCCACGGCGGCCGGAGUGCUCACGCGCUCGCCGGACGGCGGCUCGCCGCGGCGACCCGGCACGUCGGCAUCCACCACUGCGGGGGGAGGCGCGAAGCUGCGGCGGUAGUGCUGGGGGUGCUUGCUGCCAGGUGUGGUGGGCGCGGGCGCCGAGACGGGGGCGGGGGCGACUCUUGUGCGGGCGCAACCUUUGGUGUGCUGCCGCCUGUGGAGGGCUAAGGCCUGCGGUCAUGUGCACGGUCAUGUGCCUUGCAUGCCUUGGCGGGGCUCAUGCGGCAUCUUGACUCAUGUUCGUGGCAGGAUUCAUUGGCUGGUAUGACCUCUGACCUUCGCAUCUCCGAAGGACACACUAUAUGUUGGGGUGGGGGCCCCGGGGGGCUGCAGGGGUCGGCGACUGGCUAGGAAGGUAGAAUGAAGCCGUGUUGCGCAAGGACCGGGUGGUUUGGAAGGCCGUGUCCAAUCGAACUGCACGUCGCACCUCCCGGUUGGCUCCCUUGGUGGCACGCAUCCUGUUCCAGCGCCGCACGCAAAUCGCGGCAUCAUUUUGAGAAUAUGGUAGUUGGCAGCGGUGUGCUGGUCCUGCGCGGGAGUAGACUCGGGCCACCGCGGCGCACAACAGGGGUCUGUUGCCCCGGCCGCUGGUGAUGACGGGCCCAUGUGCCGGACGCAUGUAAAAGCACAUCCUU